AUGGAGCUUCUUGGGAGUUCAUAUGUGGGCGACUAUAAAAACAAACGGUAGGCCUAUAAGUUGUUGAUAUUGGAGAUUUAGCAUGGAGGGGAAAGGAACCUACAAGUUGCCGACUGGUGCACAAUAUGAGGGUGAGAUGAAGGACGGGAUGUUCCAUGGAGAGGGCGUCUUGUACUUCACCGAUGGCAGCAAGUAUGUCGGACACUUCGUGAAUGGAUAUCCCGAUAAAGUUAGUUUCGCCAUUUAAACAAUAAAUAAAGGGAAAAUAUUACUUUGCAGAUGGCCUUGAAUACAACGAAGAAUGCUGGACAUAUUGUGAUGGACACGAUAGAAGAUUCUAUACAGAAAUUCUGAAUGGGCUUCAACCCGCAGGUAUAGCUUUGACGGAACAAUUGAAUGAAUUUAACAUUUAUUCGCAUGUUCUAUGUUUCGGGCUCACAUGCUGUCUAGACCUUAAAUGCGGUUGGUAAGCAUGCGGGUGUGGUAACUGUGUGCCAAACUUCAAUUGAAGUUAACUCAGCUUUUCUUGCAUGAAAAGAUGUAGAACACAAAACAGCGGAGUAAAAAUGAGAAGAUAAAAUAUGCUGACUUUUGGUUAAAAGAGCGAUAAACCACUAGACUGAGAAACGAACUAAUUUAGUUCCGAACUUGAAAUUACUAUGCGAGCCUAUGGAUAUAAACAUAUACUUGGGAAGAAUUCAACGUGCGUGUCAAAUCGACAGAAGAUUUGGGACAUAAUUAUAACUAAAUGUAAUCAGUCACGCUGUUUGCUGACCGCGCUGAUGAAAGCUGCUUCUAAAACUUGUGCUGAUUUCUGUAGAAACUAACAUCGCUACCAUGCGCAGAGGAAAAACCAGGAUCGUGUUUUCUAUUUGAUCCGUUGAUUUUUGUUAUAAGUAGGUUUUAUUAUCGCUCGCAUAGAAGGAAAUGAUGAAUGUGAGCAGUUUAAAAUCCACCAAUUUGCAAAAAAACACAAAGAUAGUUAUCUUAUCGAACUCAGGACGUGACUGGGCAGGGUUGAUUAUAACAGUUUGACAAUUCAGUUAGUGAUCUUUCCGUAGUGCUCACUAAUGUUUAUUGUUCGAUUGCUCUUCUUCUCCAAAGCUGCAUCUAUUAUACCCUACAUUAGAUUGCCGUCAGAAGUGAUUAGUUUGAAGUUUCAGUGACGAUGACUAUCUGUAGGGAAAUACGAUCCAGACUAAUUCUGUCUGCGAGUGUACAAGCUAAAUCAUUAAGGCUGUCUGAUGAAUAGUUUGCAACAAGACAUCCAUAACUGUUUAUAGGACGAAGACUUACCAACCUCUUUUAUCAAAAAUUUGAGACAAUACCCACUGAAAUUUUUCAACAGGUAUCUUAACGAAAUAACUGGGGACAAAAAGGUUAAAAUGCUUCAACAUAACUCGAGGUUUAGGUUGCUUAGAAAAGUAAUAACCAGUAAUCAUAACACGUCUGUUGCUUUUGAAAUAUUCGGAAGAAAAUCUAAGUGGGUCUCCUAUGUAAAGCCCAAAAUGCUUUGUCGAUAUUCAUCAAUAAUUGCCGGAAAUAGUGGUACCUGUUUGUCUCCCUACGUAAUUCACCUUACCUGACUUAAAAUGAAGUCGACAAACUGAUUGAAUAAAUCAAUGUCCGCCAAGAAUAUAGUUUGAAGGAUGCAUUCUACUCAGAAUCAGGACAGCCUGUAAGACUUAUUUUGCAGUAAUAUUGCACAAACAUUUAGUGUAGGCGCUUUCAGUCAUUUUUCAACAGCAAUAUUUUCGCACAAAUAUUUGGAUCGCAUAAUUUAAACGUAGAUCGUAUUAAAAGGAACAACAUGAGUAAUAACAGCCUAAAUUGUGUGGGAACUAUGCGAUCAAAAUUAAUUUGAAAACGUACAUGACUGUUUUAGUGAAAUAACAGUUACGUAAGUCCUCUAUUUCGGAGCAGUCAGUCAGUAUGACAAUGGCAACAUGACCUCAGUUUUGCUUUUUCCAUUCAUUAUGCCACGUUCACUCACCGUCAUCUCUGUUACUUAAUCAAUAUCAAUCAAGCAAUUUUAAAAGUUUCUUCCAAAAUGCCGUUAUAUGUGCCAGACUAACCCCGGGUAAGACAAACUUUUUCACCGUCAUCUUUGUUUUUUUAUCAACAUCACUCAAGCAAUUUUAAAUGUUUCUUCCAAAAUGCCAUUAUAUGGGCCGAACUAACCCCGGCUAAGACAAACUUUUUCACCUGGGCCUCUCGUCUUACGCUUAAGAACGAGCUCUUUGAAAAACAACGCUAACAUCUCUUGUUUAUCAUUGAUGGGAGUCUAAAACGUGGUUUCUGGCAAAGUUUUCACUGAUUACGUCUUGAAGUAUCCAAUUAAGCCACUGGGAAGUAACUGUUGAUCAUGCAGAAAAAGUGUACACUGCUUAUUUCGAGAACAGCAGCCCAUGUAGGUACUACUUCUGUUACCAAUUUAAAAAUUCAUUUUCCUGCUAUUAUCACCCAGUCUUGAUUACUGAAACUAUGCAAACAGGCCAUUUUAGCUGUGAAAGUGCAAGCCUAUCGUAUAGGUCUUGUGUUUUGUAUGCUAACGUCAAGAAAUCAUAAGGUACAUUUCCCCUCUAAUGAAUUCGACAAAGAAAAUAUUUAAAUGUUCUUCAAAUUUUUACAGGUUUUGUCCCGUUAUUCCACCUACCUAUCGACAAACGGUCGUAGUAUUCCCCUGCCUGUAAAGCGUUUUGAUUGCAACAAUCGUUUUUGUAAAAUCAAAACUUAGCGGCCCUUGGCUGUUAUAAGUUUCUGUCGCUCCUUCUGAAACUUCUAGGUAGGACCAAUCUCACAAACGGACCAACGAGGAAGAUUCCACCCCACUGUUAUGACACUGGCGAUGGGUUUUAUGACCCAAAGCACAGGAUUGUUUUUGAUUAUGAAAUGAGUUUUCUUCGAAAUGCAGGUGGGUGUCAAAAUUGUAUUGAAGUUAUUUUUGCAAAGAUAAUGAAGAACACGAAUGGAUUAUCAAAAAUUGUCGAAAGGACACGGACGACUUUGUUAAUAAAAAAUACGACGCUUGCGCGGAUAUAAUGGGAGAAGCAUUUCAGUCAGAUGCUUGUAAUAACCGUAAAAAUAAUUAG